AAACCAAUGCCUACUUAUUGGUCCUGAUAUGAUGUUAUUAAUAGUUAGUGAGCAUGCUACUUUUGCAUUGCUCCAUUCUUCAUGUUUAUGCUUCAUUGAUUUCUUUUCAUCAUUUUAGAAGCGGAGCGAGGAGCUUGCUGUUUCAGCUGGAGAACACACGGAGGCUGUUAGCAAUGCUGGAAGCAAAAAUACAGUCGGAACAAAAGGAAGUGAUUGUAUGGCACAAGGAUUUUCUAGUUCACCAAUUGCAUACAAUGAUGAGUUUGACACUUCAGUGGCAAUAUUUAACAUAGCAGCUACCUGGUUCCACCUUCACGACUAUGCAAAAUCAUUUUCAUAUUUGGAUGCUUUGUAUCAGAACAUUGAACCUAUUGAUGCGGGGACAGCUCUUCGUAUUUGCCUUCUGUUGCUAGAUAUUGCAUUGCUUUCUGGCUAUGCAUCAAGAUCUGCGGUAAGCUCAGACUACGACAUACUAAAUUUGCUAGCUUUUUAUUUAUUGGAAAUGAUGACAUGCCGAGAUGACUCUCCUAUUAAAAUUUUGAAUUUCUGAAGUACAAAUCACGAGGUUAGGCUGUGUCUAGCCCGUUCUAUUUAAUAGUUUGACAUCAAUUUUAAAAUGACCUCUGACACAAAAAGGGAAAAGAAAGUAUGAGUGAGAAAGAAGAGAGGGGAGAAGAAUAGAAAAAGAGGAAGAAAAUUUGAGAAAUUCACGAGACAAAAUCCGUUUGUAUGUAAUUCUGAUUAAUUUUAAGUUGGUACAAACUAAAUGGUGGAGAUUCUAAAGAUGUUUUAUUGAAGACUUGCCAUGUUCAGAAUUAUAUUACUUUACUGUAAGUCC